AUGGUAUUCUAUUUAAUUGGUCUCGGCUUAGGCGAUGUUGAGGACAUUACCGUAAAAGGAUUGAAUGCUAUUCAGAAGUGUAAAAGGGUUUAUCUGGAAGCGUACACUAGUAUUCUCUGUUAUGGUCUUGACAAAUCCCAAUUAGAAUCCUUUUAUGGACGAGAAAUCAUUGAAGCUGAUCGAACCAUGGUCGAGCAGAACUCUGAUGAAAUUUUUGGAGGUGCUGAAAGCGAUGACAUUGCAAUGCUUGUAGUUGGAGACCCGUUCGGAGCCACAACUCAUUCGGAUCUGGUUUUGAGGGCGAAAGAGAAAAAUAUACCUGUUAAAGUCAUACACAAUGUGUCUAUUCUGAAUGCUGUUGGUUGCUGUGGACUUCAAUUAUACAACUUCGGCGAAACUGUUUCCGUUGUUAUGUGGCUUGAUGGAUGGGAACCAGAUAGCUAUUAUGAUAAGAUAGCAUCGAAUAAAAAAAAAGGACUCCAUACAUUGUGCUUAUUAGAUAUCAAGACAAAAGAGCAAAGUGUUGAAAACAUGAUGAGAGGUCGUAAAAUUUACGAACCUGCUCGCUACCUGACAUGCUCUGAAGCAGCUUCUCAGCUUUUGAAGAUAUCUGAAAAACGAAAAGCAGCCGGAGAGGAUUCAGUAUAUGAUGCCAAUACACCUUGUGUGGGAUUAGCACGAGUUGGUUGGGACUCCCAGAAGAUUGCCUUCUGCUCUCUCGAAAGAAUGACAACUGUUGAUAUGGGACCACCAUUGCAUUCUAUGAUUAUUCCAGGUGAUAUGCAUCCUCUUGAACUCGAUUUGUUGAACACUUACAAAAUUGAAUAG